GGUCGGUAAGAUGGCUGUGUCUCGCGGAGCCUCGUGCUGGUUUGGUUGAUUUCUAGCUCGCGCUCUCGUUCUGUAACAGAAGCCCCCCCCUCCAACACACACACACACGCACACAUUCACUUGUGUCGGUGAAAUUUAUUUCCCUGGCUCUGUAUUUAUAUAUUUUUUCUUUCACAAACUUUCCCCUCUCUGUUUUAACUUUAAACGGAGUCGCGGUGGAUUACCGGAUAUCGGUCCGGGCGGAGGGCAAAGGGGGGAAUGAACCGGGACGACGGGUACGUUGUUAUAAAUAUAAUUGUAUUUAUAUUCAAUGGUUAUUCGGAGUUUGAUUGUGAGUGAGUCGCCGUGCUGAGAGAGAGAGAGGUAGAGAAAGAGUGGGGGAGAGAGAGAGGGAUAUCAUGGCCGCUCAGGUCGCCAGCGUCGCCACUCUCAACACUAGCCCGCCAUCCGAACUCAAAAAGCCGGAUCGGGACCCACAGGAGGAGUCGGUACCGGGAGAGAAACAGCAUGAAAAUAAGGAACCGGGACCUGACGGCGGAUCUCCUGGCCAGAAGGAGCUGCAGGACGGGGCCGAUGCUGGAAAUGCUGGGGGAGGAGGGGAUCCUGACAUGAAGAACGGCAACGGGAAUUUGCCCAGGGUAAAUAAUAGCAGUAAUCAGAAUGAUACAGGCGGGCCCGAAGGGAAUAACCAUCCCGGCAUGGGACACCACCACCCGGGCCCCUUUCCUCCACCUCCUUACGGUUACAACCAGCACUACAGCCGGGCCCCUUUUCAUCAACAUGGCGGACAACAAAGCCCUGGCAUGGCAGCUGCAUCGGGGCCGGGCAUGAUGGACCCUUACCCCCCUAAUUCACACGAGCACGGCUACCCCAACCAUUAUAACAACUACAGCCCGUUCCAGAACAGGACUUCUUAUCAGGGCCAAGGAUACGGGGCCAUGAAUUCCCCGCGUAACAACCAGCCUCCGGCGGCUGGGGGGCAGCCAGGCAAGCAACAGCCAGCAGGAGGAACCACAGCUAUGGCUGCCUCUUACAAUAAUCAGAGGUAUAACAUGGGAACCCAACAACCUACGUCUACGCCAACUUUAAAUCAGCUCUUGACAUCCCCCAGCUCUGCCAGGAGCUACCCGAAUUACCCUCAAGGAGACUAUAACAAUCAGGAAGGGGCCAAUAAGGGACCAGGAGAUAUGGGCAGCAGUCAGUAUGGUGGGGUCCAUCCGGGUUGGCAACAAAGGACCCACCAUCCGCCUCCCAUGAGCCCGGGAAACACUGGACAGCCUCCAAACAGAAAUCAGCCUCCAAGCCCAAUGGACCAGGUAGGGAAGAUGCGUGGCCAGCCAUAUGGAGGACCCAGCCCUUACUCCCAGCAGCAAGGGCCUCCCGCCACAGGGCCUGGACCUCAGCAGGGAGGCUCUUACCCAGGGCAGGGCUAUGGCCCUCCAGGCCCUCAGAGGUAUCCUAUGGCUGUGCAGAGCCGAACACCUGGCGCUAUGGGCAGUAUGCAGUAUGGACAACAGAUGUCUGCCUAUGGGCAACAGGGGCCGGGUGGCUACGGCCAGCAGAGCCAGGGCUACUAUGGUCAGCACGGCCCCGCCCCUCACCCUGGCCAACAGCAGCCUCCAUAUCCUGGCCAACCCCAGGGCAGUUCUGGGACUCCCUACCCCCAGCAGGGUCACCCUUCACAGCCUCCUGGCCAACACGGGCAGCCAGGACCCCCCUACCAACAAACCCAAGGUCCCCACGGCCCCUCUCCAGGUCAGCCUCCCUAUAGCCAGCCCCCACAGUCUCAGCCUGGACAGCCAUCCUACGUCCCUCCCCAGCAGCAACAGCAGCCUCAACAGCCGCAGGGACCAGGCCCCCAAAGUCAGCAGGGCCCUCAGGGCCAGCCUGGGUAUCCACAACCCUCCGGACCUGGGCAGCCACCACAGCAGCAAACCCCGCCGCAGCAACCGCCGCAGCAGCAAGGACCCCCACAACAACAGCAGCAGCAACAACCAGGAGGUCCACCUCCUCAAGCCCAGCAACCUCCAAGUCAUGGUCAGCAGGGUCAACCAUCCCCUUACUCCCAGACACCCCCACUGCAACAGCAGCAACAGCAGCAACAGCAGCAGCAGCAGCAGCAGCAGCAACAGCAGCAGCAGCAGCAGCAGCAACAACAACAGCAACAGCAACAGCAACAACAACAACAACAACAGUCACCAUAUCAGAGGUUCCCACCUCCUCCACAGGAACUGUCCCAGGAUUCCUUUAGCUCCCAGUCCAGUGCUCCGCCUUCCAAUCAGCCCAUGGCUUCCAACAAGAGCAGUCAAGAAGACAGCAUGCAGGGCCGGCCAUCCAGUCUGCCGGACAACGCUAUUUGCUUCUCACUGGGGGGCUGUGCUGCGGCUGCAGAGGAUCUGUCGGGCUCCAUCGACGACCUGCCCACCGGUGCAGAGGGGGCCCUGAGCCCCGGCGUCAGUACCUCAGGGGUGUCCAGCAGUCAGGGUGAGCAGAGCAAUCCUGCCCAGUCACCCUUCUCUCCGCACACUUCGCCCCACCUGCCAGGGAUACGUGGGCCCUCGCCAUCACCUGUGGGUUCCCCCGCAAGCGUCACCCCCUCCCGCACAGGUCCUCUGUCCCCUGCUGCUGUGCCAGGUAAUCAGAUGCCUCCCCGGCCGCCCAGCGUCCAGUCGGACAGCAUCAUGCACUCUUCCAUGAACCAGUCAGCCAUGGGCCAGGACAGGGUGUACAUGCGUAACCCUCAGAUGCCUCCAUACGGGUCCCCUGGACAACCUGGCUCCGCCUUAUCUCCACGCCAGUCUUCGGGAGGCCAGAUGCAUAGUGGAAUGGGACCUUAUCCCCAGAACAACUCCAUGGGAAACUACGGGCCUCAGGGGACCCAGUAUGGUCCACAAGGUUACCCCAGGCAGCCCGGCUAUACAGGGAUGCCAAAUGCCAACUACCCCAGUGGCCCCGGCAUGGGCGGCUCCAUGAACCCCAUGCCUGGUCAGGGCACCGGGGCUCAGUAUGGAAGCAUCCCACCUGGCAGAAUAGGCCCGGGGCAGAUGGGUGCUCGACCCUAUGGUCCUGGGAUGGGCUCAAACAUGGCCGGCAUGCCUCCUCAGGUGGCGUCCGGGAUGUGCCCCCCUCCAGGCAUGAACAGGAAGGAUGGCGGCCCCUCCAUGCACCACGGACCAACAAACUCAAUACACAACAGGCCACCUGGGUACCCGAACAUGUCCCAGGGCAUGAUGGGAGCAGGCCCUCCAUAUGGCCCAGGCAUGAAUAGCAUGCACGGUAUGAUGAACCAGGGAGGGCCAGGGCCAGGGCCAUAUCCAAUGGGAGCAAAUAUGCCCAACAACACCCCGGGAAUGGCUCCAAGUUCGGAGUUUGGCAUGGACAAAAUGACCCCUGCCCCGAAAAUGAACAACAAAGUGGAAGGGACUCCCAAGCCAGAAUCCAAAAAGAAGUCGAGCUCUUCCACCAUCACCAACGAGAAGAUCACUCGUCUGUACGAGCUUGGCCCAGAGCCAGAGAGGAAGAUGUGGGUGGAUCGAUUCCUAGCCUUUGCCGAGGAGAAGGCCAUGGGCAUGAACAACCUGCCGGCAGUGGGACGCAAGCCUCUCGAUCUCUUCAGACUCUAUGUGUCCGUCAAAGAGAUCGGCGGCCUCACCCAGGUGAACAAGAACAAGAAGUGGAGGGAGCUGGCCACCAACCUGAACGUGGGCACGUCGAGCAGCGCGGCCAGUUCGCUCAAGAAACAGUACAUCCAGUGUCUGUACGCCUUUGAGUGCAAGAUUGAGCGCGGCGAGGACCCGCCCCCGGACUUCUUCAACACAGACACCAAAAAGAACCAGCCCAAGAUCCAGCCUCCCAGCCCAGCUGGCUCCGGAUCCCUGCAAGGACCCCAGACCCCUCAGUCCACCAGUAGUUCGAUGGCAGAGGGGGGAGACCCGAAGCCCCCGACCCCAGCCUCCACCCCGCACACGCAAAUGCCUCCGAUGCCUGGCGUCAGGAGUAGCGUUAAUCUCCAGGACCCGUUUGCUGACGGCGGAGACCCGGCGUUUUCCAGAAGGAAUGCCAUGACUCCCAACUCACAGGGCUACCAGCCUGGGAUGGGGGGCCCAGAGAUGAUGGGUCGAAUGGGGCCCUACGAGUCUAACAAGGACCCCUUUGGUGGCAUGAGGAAAGCUGGAGAGCAGUUCAUGCAACCAGGUCCCAACAGUGGGAUGGGAGAACAGUAUAACAGGGGCCCACCAGGCCCUAUGGGCAACAUGCAGAUGGGCCAGAGGCAACAGUACCCUUACGGAUAUGACCGAAGACAGGAGCCAGGCAUGGGUCCUGACGGCAGUAUGGGACCAGGGGCUCCUCAGCCCAACAUGAUGCCUUCUGGAGCCGACACAGGGAUGUACUCGCCCAGCCGCCCUCCUCCACAGCAACGGCAUGACUCCUACACCAAUCAGUUCCCUGGCCAAGGAGCUCCCCCUGGUGGCCCGUACCCAAAUCAGCAGCCGGGAAUGUAUCCACAGCAGCAACCGAACUAUAAGCGUCCUGUAGAGGGAGGGUAUGGGCCUCCAGCCAAGCGCCAUGAGGGAGAAAUGUACAACGUCCCCUACAGUGGUCAGCAGCAGCCAGGACCCCAGUCCUCGGGGCCCCAAGGGCAACAGGACAUGUAUAACCAGUAUAAUGCAUACCCUGGAGGGGAUCGCAGACCACCAGGCCCACAGAACCAGUUCCCCUUCCCUUUCGGCCGGGAGCGAGGACCGGCAUCUGCAGGCCCCAACUCCCAGUCUCCAAUGCCUCCCCAGAUGAUGGCAACCCCCAUGCCUUCAGGUCCCGAUGGCCCCCAGGGUCCAAUGUGGCAGGGCCGCAAUGAGAUGGGCUACCCCAACUAUCCCAACCGACAGGGACCUCCUGUACCAGGCCAGGGCCCCGGCUACCACGGCAUGAACCGCUCCGAGGAGAUGAUGCCGUCAGACCAACGCAUGAACCACGAGGGUCAGUGGCCCGGCCACGUCAACCAGCGGCAGCCGCCGUUUGGCCCCGGUGGUUCUGGACCCCCCAUGACCAGACCCCUGCCAUCCACCUACCAGACUUCCCAGAACCACAUUCCUCAGGUGUCGAGCCCAGCACCCAUGCCCCGGCCAAUGGAAAGCAGGACGUCACCCAGCAAGUCCCCCUACAUUCAUCCGGGCAUUAAGGUGCAGAAAGCCGGACCCCCAGUACCCGCCUCCCAUAUUGGCCAGGCCCCUGUGCAGCAACCCAUGAUCAGGAGAGAUGUGGCCUUCCCUCCUGGUUCUGUGGAGUCCUCCCAACCCCACCUAAAGCCCCGCAGGCGGCUCACCAUGAAAGACAUUGGCACUCCUGAGGCUUGGAGAGUGAUGAUGUCACUAAAGUCAGGCUUACUAGCUGAAAGCACUUGGGCCCUGGACACCAUAAACAUUUUACUUUAUGAUGACAAUAGCAUUUCUACUUUUAACUUGUGCCAGCUGCCUGGAUUCCUGGAGCUGGUGGUGGAGUACUUCAGACGCUGCCUCAUCGAGAUCUUUGGCAUCUUAAAGGAGUAUGAAGUCGGAGACCCCGGCCAGCGCACACUCAUAGACCCCAACGCAGCUGAGGACUCAGAUGACGAAAUUCCCAUGCCUGAGGGCGAGGACAUGGACAUCGAAGAAGAGGACGAAGAGGACGAGGAGGUAGAGGAAACGAAGGCCAACACCGACAUCUCCUCACUGGUCCAGGUGAAGCAGGAGGAGGAGAGCUCACAGAAACACAAGUCUUCAGAGGACGAGGACGAGGAGAAGGAAAGGGAGUCUUCUAUCAAGGAACCCAAUACCUCUACCUCAGGGUCCUCCCAGGACCCCAACCUCCACUCGGAAAAGCCCAAGCAGGCUAGCAAGUUUGAUAAACUCCCCAUCAAGGUGGUGCGGAAGAAGAAUCCCUUCCUGGUGAACAACUCGUCCAAGCUCGGGCAGCGGCAGAGCUUCGAUAGCGGCUUAAUACACUGGAGCAUUGGUGGUGGUGACACCACCGAACACAUCCAGACCCACUUUGAGAGCCAGAUGGACCUUCUCAAGCAGAGGAAACGCACACCAACAGCCACUGAGAGCCGCAAGAAGGUCCAGGUGACCGAGGUGGUGACGGAAAACCCUGAGAAAUCCAAGUCCAACGGGGAAGACAAGCCUCGGCCGCAGCAACCCCAGUCUUCUGAACCUCAGAAGUCUCCUCUUCUUCCCAUUGGUGCACCAGUCACUGCCACCAUCGAUGAUGUACUAUCUGCCCGCCCGGGGUCGGUCACAGAGGAAGUGGUUCGUGGAGGCGCCGAAGAGCAGAAGGAGAACGGCAAGUACCUGUUCAGCAUCAACCCUGACCUCCAGAGCCGACGCAACAUCAAAAUCCUGGAGGACGAGCCUCACAGCAAGGACGAAACGCCGCUCAGCACGCUGUCAGACUGGCAGGACUCACUAGCCCGGCGUUGCAUCUGCAUUUCCAACAUAGUGCGCAGCCUCUCCUUCGUUCCGGGGAACGACCUGGAGAUGUCGAAACACCCAGGCCUCCUGCUGCUGUUGGGCCGCCUGGUGCUGCUCCACCACAGGCACCCCGAGCGUAAACAGGCACCGGUCACCUACGAGAAGGAGGAGGAGGAGGAUGAAGGCGUGAGCUGCGAGAGAGAUGAGUGGUGGUGGGACUGCCUCGAGGUGUUAAGGGAAAACUGCCUGGUCACUCUGGCGAACAUCUCAGGCCAGCUGGACCUUUCUAUCUACCCAGAGAGUAUAUGCCUGCCUCUGCUGGAUGGCCUGCUCCACUGGGCUGUCUGCCCCUCAGCGGAGGCCCUGGACCCCUUCCCUACACUGGGGCCCCACGGCUCACUUUCCCCCCAGAGACUGGUCCUCGAGACCCUCAGCAAGCUCAGCAUCCAGGACAACAACGUCGACCUCAUCCUGGCAACGCCGCCGUUCAGCCGCUUAGAGAAGCUGUACGGCUCCCUGGUGCGCCUGGUCGGUGAACGCAAGGUGGCCGUUUGCCGGGAAAUGGCGGUCGUCCUGUUGGCUAACUUGGCCCAGGGUGACAGCCUAGCGGCGCGGGCUAUUGCUGUGCAGAAAGGCAGCGUGGGUAACCUGCUGGGCUUCCUGGAGGACAGCCUAGCUGCCACACAGUACCAGCAGAGCCAGAGCUCUCUGCUACAAAUGCAGGGUGCACCUCAGUUUGAGCCCACCAGCGUGGACAUGAUGCGGCGGGCAGCCCGAGCCCUGCACGCCCUGGCGAAGGUGGAGGAAAACCACUCGGAGUUCACGUUGUACGAGUCGCGGCUACUUGACAUCUCAGUGUCCCCACUUAUGAACUCUCUGGUGUCCCAGGUGAUCUGUGACGUACUGUUUCUGAUUGGCCAGUCAUGA